AAUGGGUAACUUCAAUCAUAUGUCCAACACCUCUUAUCAAUCAAAGUCACUACCACACCACCAUCACUCAACGACGUUAUCCUUUUCUCCGCUUCUGGGUUUUGCUGUUUUCUUGCUCAUGUGGUUCUCUCUUUCUCUCUGCUGCAGAAGAAAAAAGAGCAGGAAACAGAAAGUUAGAAUCUUUAAGUAAGGAAUGCUUAAAAGGAAUCCCUUUCUAGUCUAGAGAAUUAAUUAUAAAGUCUCUACUUUUUCACUUCUGGUCUUUGCUUAAUUGAAGAAAUACAGAGAAAAAGGUUAUUCAUUUUCUUUAUAUCACUGAUGUCGAAAUAGACACUAGAGAGACAGAGAGAGAGAGAAGGGAGAUCUGACCUUAUGAUGGAGACAAAAUCACUGCGCUUCAGAACCCACCAAUCUUUCUUUUCGGUUGUCCGAUCAGGCGACCUGGAUUCUCUGAAAGAGAUUGUGGAGAAGCUGACAAAUGAUGAGCUGUUUGAUGGGUCUUCUCCGGUGUCUGAUCUAAUGGCUAUGCAGACUGAUGCAGGGGAGACUUCUCUGUUUAUAGCUGCAGAGAAUAACUUGGAAGAGGUUUUUAGAUAUUUGAUCAAGUUUUGUGAUGUGGAAAUUGUUAAAAUCAGGUCCAAGUCUGAUAUGGAUGCCUUCCAUGUUGCAGCUAAGAUGGGUCACUUGGGUAUCGUGAAGGAACUACUGAGCAUUUGGCCUGAGCUUUCCAAGAUAUGUGAUUCCUCCAACACUAGCCCACUUUAUUCAGCAGCUGUCAAAGAUCAUUUGGAAGUGGUGAAUGCAAUCUUGGAUGCUGAUGUCAGCUCAGCAAGGAUAGUGAGAAAAAAUGGGAAAACUGCGUUGCACAAUGCGGCUAGGUAUGGCGUCGAUCGGAUUGUAAAAGCGCUUAUUGACCGUGAUCCUGGAAUUGUCUGCAUCAAAGAUAAGAAAGGCCAAACUGCACUCCAUAUGGCUGCAAAGGGUCAGAGCACUUCUGCAAUAGAGGAUAUAUUAUCAGCUGAUUGCUCGAUACUAAAUGAACGUGACAAGAAGGGUAACACGGCAGUCCAUAUAGCCACAAGGAAAUGUCGUCCACUGAUUGUAAGCCUUUUGCUAAGCUAUACAUCUAUUGAUGUCAACGCCAUCAAUAAUCAGCGUGAAACUGCAAUGGAUUUGGCUGAUAAACUCCAAUAUGGAGAAUCAGCAUUGGAGAUCAAGGAAGCUCUAACAGAUGCUGGCGCCAAGCAUGCUAGGUACAUGGGUCAAAUGGAUGAAGCAAUGGAACUUAAGAGGACUGUGAGUGAUAUAAAGCAUGAGGUACACUCGCAACUCAUACAAAAUGAAAAAACCAAUAGACGAGUUUCUGGUAUUGCAAAAGAACUAAGAAAACUUCACAGAGAGGCUGUCCAAAAUACGACAAACUCCGUCACUGUUGUUGCAACUCUUUUUGCCUCAAUUGCUUUCUUGGCUAUAUUCAACUUGCCUGGGCAAUAUAUAAUGGAUGGAAAUGAAGUAGGAAAGGCUGAAAUAGCUGACAAAGUUGGUUUCAGAGUCUUUUGCCUUCUAAAUGCAACCUCUCUCUUCAUAUCCCUAGCUGUUGUCGUAGUUCAGAUCACUUUGGUGGCCUGGGACACACGAGCUCAGAAACGGGUAGUAUCUGUAGUUAACAAGCUGAUGUGGGCUGCGUGUGCUUGCACUAGUGGUUCUUUUCUGUCUAUAGCGUUUGUAGUAGUGGGAAAAGGCAGUUCAUGGAUGGCUAUAACAAUAACCUUAAUGGGUACUCCAAUUCUUGUUGGGACACUUGGAAGCAUGUGUUACUUCGUUUUCCGGCAACAUUUCGGAGCUUUCCGGGACUCCCAAAGGCGCAUAAAAAGAGCUAGUGGAAGCAAGUCUUUCUCAUGGUCUUACUCGGCAAACAUAUCAGACCUUGAUGACUACAACUCUGAUAUGGAAAAGAUCUAUGCUUUGUAAACUAAACUAUGUAUUGAGCAAUAAGGCAGCAUGUAUAGAAAAGAAAAGAAAAGAAAAAUGAAAAAGAAAACGGACCUGUUGGUGGGGGGCUCUAGUUUUUGAAUGGCUGGUUUUUUUCUGCUUUCAAAUUGUCUUAACAGAAGGGUUGACGAAUUGUGUAAUUUUGUAUAUUUUGUAAUUUUGGCUGGUAUUCGAGUCUCCAGUAAAAUGUGAACCGCAUAGUGAAACAUUACCAGUUGCACUCGCUGAUACGCUGUACACUGUAUUUUAUAGUAGGAACCAAGUAGAUAGGACUGCUGUAGCUUUCUUGAUUUCUCUUCUCUUCACGUGUUCACAUAAAGAGUCUACUUUCCAUCUGGA